CUCCCGCAUUGGACGCGACAUCUCUCGCGCUUUUGCUUCACCAAGACACAUGCCCACCUGAGAGUUCGAGCGAGACCAUACCCUCCGCCCAUUGUCGGUGUCUGUUCAACUGCAAACGAACCUCCCGACACCGUGGACCUCAAACAUUGCUUUUCUUCGGCAAAGACUCUCGCAAGUUGAAUCGCGACUGUAGCUUCCAAUCUCUGGACACAGCCCCCCCCCGGUCAUCUUUGCCUCUUCCUCCACUUAUGCGCGUCGAUCUACGCCGUUUUUCGUCGCUCUUCUUGCGCUUAAAGUUUUGAGCUCUCGGAGAGACGCGUUUGGGGUGUCUUGCCUCCUCUCGCGUUUGCAGUUCUCUCGCUUCCCAACCAAAACGGGCGUCUGCCUUCCUCUUUCGCCUUCUGCCAAGAUGCCGAAAGCUGCCUCUGGACUCUCAGUGUCGGACGACCCCCUGGCCUACAUGGACCAGCUGGACAUCAACACCAAGAAACUUCCGCAGUAUUCUCACGUCAUUGAAACAUCGCCGCGCGUCGGCGAGCCGGAGCGCCUCGUUCGCAUCUGCCGCUGCUGGCAGUCGAAGAAAUUUCCAUACUGUGACGACACUCACAAACUGAUGAUGGAAGCCGGCGACGAUGUAGGUCCCUUCGAGGCGAAGCUCCGCGACAGUCGCGGCGACAGUGGCCAGAAAUUGAAGAAUGUUGCCGCUCUGCGCGAGCAGAGUCGCGUGGAGUCUCCCUUUCUUUCUCUUCGUCGCUUCGCCGCCUUUCGAGGCUCCGAAAUCCACGCUCCUCUUCCCGGACAAACGGCGACAGUCCGUGCGAGACCCGUUGUCGCAGCUGCACUCUUGAGCGCCGCUGUCGGUUACGCCGUUGCAGAGGCCGCGCUUCGCCGAGGCUUUGGCCGUCCGUCUGCUUUUCUUUCGACGGAGAAAACUGAAAAGACUGUCCCUCUCUCUUCUGACGUUGCGACCGCCACCCUCUCUGCUCGCUACAGCCUCUAAACCGUCCACCCCCGCAGUCGAGG